UAAUGAUUUAAAAUUAUAUCUCAAUGGCAGAUAAAAUAAACAUCAAUGAUGAAGAGUUAUAAAGCGCGGUCAAAAAUUGUGUUUUAGGUUUUCAUAAGGCGUGUACCGUAUUGAAGUUUUUGUCAUAACAUCUUGACAAGAAGGUGAAAAAGAUACUUUAAUCCAAGAUGGCGUCAUCAAAAAAUAAAGUGACCGCCACCAUUGUUUUAACCGUGGUUGUGUACAUCAUCCAUUUGGUAUUUAACGGACUGGCUAGCAAAGGCGCCAGUAAUCUUUUCCCAAGAUCAGUGGGCGAUGCAUCAGACGUAUUUAAAUUGGAAAUGACUCCAGUUGGAGCUACAUUCUCGAUUUGGGGCAUUAUUUUUGCGUAUCAAAUUAUAUGGUUGAUUUACGCUGUUUCGACAAUUUUCCGGCAAGGUGAUCACACGGAGAUUCUGUCAACAAAGUUUUACAUGUGUUUUAUGACAAAUAUCAUCUUUGUUGUCAUUUGGUUGUUCGUCUGGACCCGCUUGGAAGCUGCACCAUCAUUCAUUGUGAUCAUGAUCGCACAGGUCUUUAUCGAUCUCGCUAUUGCACUUGCAUGCUCUGAACUGACAGCAUACGAAGAAACAAACGAGUUAAACUCAAGUAACAAAGUGGAUAUCUGGUGCCAACGAAUUCUAGUUCAAAAUGGUUUGUUGUUUUACGGAACAUGGACCACUGUAGCAACUUUGAUCAACACGGCUGUUGUUUUCGCCUACGAAUUAGAAGCAACCACAGAAAAAUCCUCUUUGAUCGCCUUAUCAUUCCUUGGAAUACUCAGCAUUAUUUGGUUUGUUUUAGAAAAUUUCGUGCUUUGCAGAUUCACCGGCUAUACGUUUACGCCAUACAUUGCACUUAUCUACGCGCUCAGUGGAAUUUUUGCUGCGAGGGGAAAACCAAACGAUCCGGUUGGAGGUCUGACUUUGGGCUUAUUGAUACUCUCCAUCGUCUUAUUCAUUGUAAGAAUCGUAUUGAUCUUUUUAAACCACAGGAAAAGAGCGUCGUACGAUUCGAUAGGAUAUAACGCAAGAAGCGAAGCAGUUAGAAGUUAAAUCAAAAACUUUAGGAAGGGGUGUUAUAAAACCUCCACCACGGGAGACAUUGAAAUGUCCUUUUGUAAUCUAACGGAAGUUUUUUCGCUUUAAAUUAUGUGAUGGAGUGUUUAAUGUUAGUUGUUGAUUUUAAAUUUAUUAUUCUUUUUGUACUGGAGAAAACAAAAUUUAUAAAGCAAAAAUAGUUUGAAAUACCUAC